AUGCUUGCUUUGUGCAAAGGAAAAAGCAACAUCAAAGCUUCAGAAGAAGUUGCAGACGACCGUACCCGUUGGAGGAAAUUAUAUGGGGACGGCGUCAAGUUGCACAACCGCGCCUGGCUCAAUGAGUUAGCCCGUAAACGCGCGUACAGACACCAGCGUGACACCAAGCAGCUCCACCAACCCUCUUCAUCACAGCAAAAUCUGCGUCUGCAACAAUUG